AUGACAAGACUUUUAUUUGGGGCAUGUGCACUUGCAUGCUUCGCGGAAUAUACCUUUGCCCUGGGCUACAACUCAUUCUAUGAUGGACCACCAACUUUGAGGUUUUUGGAACGGGAGAAAACAUUAAAUGCUGAUGGAGAGCAAAAACCCAGCCACGUGGAAACGUCACCCGGAGUUCCCCCAAGUGUUACUGGAGGAAGCAUGAUGGCUCCAUCUACAUCACAGGAGAAUUCAGGUCCACUUAUGCCAAGUAUAUUGAACGCGCAAUUUGGUCAAAAUACUGCUCAAAUGCAACAACCACACUUACAAAACACUCAGGGAUUUCCUGCACAAAUUCCAUCGGCUGUUCCACAGAUACAUCAGGAGAAUUAUCCUACACCUCAAGUUGUACAAAACUCUCAACCACUAGAGCAUUCACCAGCUCUACAAACUGCUAUUACUACGGAACAACUGGAAACGCAAACAGUGGAUCAGAGCCAAAACUUGAGAGGAGGAACAAAUGGCAAGAAAGACCCCCUAUACGAAUCCUUGCAAGGACUGGAAAGUCAAUUAUCUAACGCACUGGGAGCUGUCAAGGAAAAGCUGGAAAGUAUACAAGAGAUGAACAAGAGACCAAUCCAUGUAGAUUGUGGAGUCACUAGAGUACGUUUUGUAUGCCCAAAAGACAAAAAGAAGAAGAAGGAAGAUAAUGAAGAAUCUGAGGAGGACGAUGACGACGAAGAUGAAAAGGAUGAGGGAGAAGAUGAGGAUGAAUGA